GAUCAUCCUACCACUUAUAAAAUCAAAAGUCUACGUGUUAAUUGAUUAACCAAGGUUCAAAAAUGGCUGAUUUUCAAGCCUACUUCUUAGUUUUCUUCCUUUGGCUACUGUCUUUCAUUUUGUUCAGAACCAUAUUCACCAAGAACCGGACCACCACACGUCUUCCACCUAGUCCAAUAGCCUUACCAAUCAUCGGACACCUCCACCUCCUUGCUCCCAUACCUCACCAAGCCCUUCACAAGCUUUCAACUAAACAUGGACCCUUAAUACAUAUCCGUCUCGGUUCUGUCCCAUGUGUCGUGGCUUCCUCUCCGGAAAUAGCCAAGCAGUUCCUCAAAACCCACGAAUCAUCUUUCUCAAACCGACCGAUAACCGCCGUUGUUGACUACCUUACAUAUGGCUCAGCUGAUUUCUCCUUUGCUCCUUACGGACCGUACUGGAAAUUCAUGAAGAAAAUCUGCAUGUCGGAGCUGUUAAGUGGUCGAAUGUUGGAUCAGUUUCUUCUGGUUCGACGUGAAGAAUUAAUCCGGUUUUUGCAGUUCAUGCUGAAAACAGCUAAUGCUAGUGAAAAAGUAGAUGUUGGAGGUGAGCUAGUAAGGUUGACCAAUAAUAUUGUGUCGAGAAUGAUAAUGAAUGAUAGAUGUUGUAAUAAUGAAGAUGAAGCUGAAGAGGUAAGGAAGUUGGUGGAAGUUAUAGCUAAGCUGUCGGGACAGUUUAAUUUAUCGGAUUUUAUCUGGUUUUGUAAGAAUUUGGAUUUGCAAGGAAUGAACAAGAAGCUGAAACAAGUACGUGAUAAGUUUGAUUCAAUGAUGGAUAGAAUAAUAAAGGAACAUGAAGAAGCAAGGAAGACAAACAAGGAUGAUAAUACAGUAAAAGAUUUACUUGAUGUUUUACUUGAUAUUUCACAAGAUGAAAGCUCGGAGAUGAGAUUAACCAGAGAAAACAUUAAGGCAUUCAUCCUGGACCUAUUUGUAGCUGGGACAGACACAAGUGCUGUUACAAUAGAAUGGGCAUUAUCAGAGCUUAUUAAUCAUCCAAACAUAAUGGAAAAAGCAAGACAAGAGAUAGAUAUUGUUGUAGGGAAAGACAAAAUAGUACAAGAAUCAGAUAUCACCAACCUCCCUUACCUUCAAGCUAUUGUAAAGGAAACAUUAAGGCUUCAUCCGGCUGGUCCUAUGAUUGUAAGGGAAUCAAGCGAGGAUUGUAAUAUUGAAGGUUACGAAAUUCCGGCAAAGACACGACUGUUCAUUAACGUAUGGGCGAUCGGUAGGGACCGGGAUCACUGGGAGAACCCGCUUGAAUUCCGACCAGAGAGGUUUGUGAAUGGGAGAAGUAGUCAAAUGGAUGUAAGGGGACAACAUUUUCAUUUGUUGCCAUUUGGGAGUGGGAGAAGAUCAUGCCCUGGAACUUCAAUGGCGUUGCAAGUUGUUCAAACCAGUCUUGCUAUUAUGAUUCAAUGCUUUGAUUGGAAGGUUGAUGGAAGUGUUGAUAUGGAAGAAGGACCUGGACUUACACUUCCACGAGCUCAUCCCCUCAUUUGUGCCCCUAUCCUUAGGCUAAAUCCAUUUCCAUCCUGUUGAUCUGAAUUUGUAGUAAUACAAAACUGUAAUGUAUGUGGCUUUUGGAUAUAUCAGAUUGGGUUUGCUUUCUCAUUAA